AAUAGGAGGCGUCCUCUGGAAACCUUCAUUCCCACCCCUCGAGUGAAAGCCACAGAGUUUCUUGAUGGCGAUAGAAAGAAAUGCUGACAUUACUAAAGAUGCAAGCUAAGUAAGCCACUUGGCAAUCUGUGUCGGGGAAAAAAAGAGGAAACUACGUAUUUCAAGAAUGGACGAGUCCUUUGAUCCACUCAAGUGUAAUGAGGACCUGCUUUCCUCACCUGGCUGCCCCAUGGAAUACGACGACAUGCCUGAACUGCAGGAGGUGGAGGAAGACCAGAGGUCUCAGGGCUUAUUUCAGGUUGGAGCCGUGUCCCACCAGGAGCUCAGCUGCUCCCCUAACACCAACUGGCUCGCCGAGCUAGCCAACAUCGCCACCAGUCCCCAGAGCCCUCUGCUCAAGGAUGUGCCACACAAGAGAUCAUCUCCAGUCCACAUCUUUGGAAACAGUAAUAGUUUACAUUCCUAUGCCCGGCCUCCGUUAGCCAGCAGCGCGCCCAGCCCUUCCAGAGGCCACCUCAGGGAGCGCAGACGCAUCAGGGCCAGCAGUGAAUCAGAGUCUGGGGUUUUCUCCAUGUCCUCGUCGUUUUCUGAUGAUGAAGACAUGGCGUGGUCUCAUUCCUGGCCCUCCACGGCCUGGCACUGCUUCCUUAAAGGAACUCGCCUGCGCUUCCAUCGAGGUCCUAACGUAGAAUGGCAGGAAGCUGAUGAACUCGGGGAGUCAGAUGACGACUCUGAUGAUGAAAACCUGUCAAAGUCCUCAUUCUCAAUCAAAAGAUUUGGUUCAGAUGGACUUAAACUGGUAAACCAUGAAGAUACAAUAUCCUUUGGCCAGGCUGCCCUCAAACUGACCUUUGACCCCGGCUCUCCAGAAAAAGGCCUCCUUACAGCUGAAUGCAGAUUGGAUCAUCCAUUUUUCGUUAAGAACAAAGGGUGGUCUUCCUUUUAUCCAAGUCUUACUGUGGUACACCAUGGGAUUCCUUGCUAUGAGAUGCAGCUGGGAGAUGUCUGCCUUCCACCAAACCACCCAGAUGCUAUUAACUGUGAUGACUCAGUGGUCUUUGACACUUUCAGAAGCUAUGACUUCACCCCGCUGGAUUCGUCAGCAGUCUAUGUUCUCAGCAGCAUGGCCCGUCAGCGCAGAGCCUCCCUGUCCGGCGGGGGCGCUGUCAGUCCAGACUGCGACAAGCUGGUGCGCUCCUGCUCCCCGCAGUCUUCCAGUAGCAAAUCCCACCGCAGCCACCACUCAGGGACAGCCAGCAAUGCCACGCCUACAAAAUGCAAGCGGCCAAUGAAUGCCUUCAUGCUGUUCGCCAAGAAGUACAGAGUGGAGUACACGCAGAUGUACCCUGGAAAGGACAACAGGGCCAUCAGUGUCAUCCUGGGUGACAAAUGGAAGAAGAUGAGGAGCGAGGAGAGGAGGAUGUACACCAUGGAGGCCAAGGCUUUGGCAGAGGAGCAGAAAAGACUCAAUCCAGACUGCUGGAAACGGAAGCGAACCAACUCCGGCUCUCAGCAAACCUAGAAAAUCCUCCAGACUCUCUGGCAGCUGGUGUUUUUGGCCUGGAGACGCGUUUCGUCGCUCGAUGCCUCUUUGCUCUCCUGCAUCCUUGAGACUCAACUGUGAUGCUGAAUUCACUCGCGUUUGUAACCUCAACAAAUUAUAGUGACAAAACAGAACUGAAAUGUAUGCAAAACAUGUAAUCUAGUCACUAACAGCUUAUAUAUUUUCAUGCAUGUAUACUUUUUAAAGAUCUCUUAUUCCCUUGAAAAAAAAAGUGUGAAACCUCUCACCUACUUCAGGUCAUUUCUUAUUCAGUUGUGAAGAAAAACUUACUUGCACAGAAAAAGCUGCAAGCAUCUGUUAAAAAUGUAAAAAGGGGAAUUUUUGAAAUCUUUUAUACUGGUUUGUAUUCAUUUUGUGAGGCAUAUGCACAAAUACGUAACUCAGUUUGUAUUACAGUGUAUAUUCUACUGCUUAACUAUGGCCAACAGUUUAUAUGAAUCCCUAUCAUGCCACCUGUCAACUUUCUGCACUUUAUAUAAAUAAUGUAAUCUGAAUCCAUACAGCCAUUGUAUACAGGUAAACAAGCCUGUUUGUAUAUUAAAACUAGUAUCUUAAUAGUUAGCCAUUUGACACAGUGAUGGCCCAGCAGCCAUGCGCUGAUUUCAGGUUGAAUUUUAAGUGCUGUGUUCAUAAUGUACAGGUUUCACUGCACCAAUGACCCCUCUUGCACAGAAUAUCCUUGUAUCAUAUUAUAAAUAAUUUUUUUAAACUUCU